AUGACAACGGCGAGUCUGGAGUAUAUCGCUGCUGGCGGAAACAGACACUCGUCUGCCGCGGACUGGGCGCCUUCCUUGCUUGCCUUUGGAGCCGGCAACAACAUCGCCCUUUGGGAUCCUGAAAAUGAAAGACAGAACGGCAUCUCAGCCCUUCUAGCAGGUCAUGAGGAUGCUGUCAAUGCUGUGAGAAUAUACGAGAAUGAUGGCAAGCGGGUCAUCAUCAGUGGGAGCGCAGACAAAACUAUACGCAUCUGGACUGCCACAAAUGAAACACGCUCUGGAUUUGAAGAAACCCAACGCCUGACAGAACACAGCAACUCCAUCAACACGCUUGCGGUCUUUCCCGAGCAUGACAUAUUCGUCUCAGGAUCUGCGGAUGCUUCUGUGAACGUAUGGCACAUGCAGGAUUCAACAGCUAAGCUCAUUCAGACUAUCUCAUUGAAGCCACGCUAUCUUCCAUUAGCACUUGCACUUACUUCUCUUACCAAUGGCGAUAUUGUAUUGGCAGUUGCUGGGACUUCCAACAAUAUUCAGCUCUAUGUCAGGGCGAAGUCAGGCCAGAACUUCGAGUUGCAAGCGACUUUGAGCGGCCAUGAAGGCUGGAUUCGCUCGCUUGACUUCACGAAAGAGUCAGAUUCGCCUGAGAGCGAUAUUUUGCUUGCUUCUGCAAGUCAAGACAAGUACAUCAGACUUUGGCGUUUCCAGCAGACGGCAGGCCAAGCGACUGAGGCACCUGAUACGAUUGACGAAUUAUCUGCUACUUCUGCGAAGAAGUCGCUAUCAAACAAAGCGCACCAGGUUGGAAGCUCGUCGACAAAGUACGCUGUAACUUUCGAAGCACUGCUUGUUGGCCAUGAAGACUGGAUCUAUACCGCACGAUGGGAACCAAAAGGCUCCUCGAGAUCACCGCCCGCGCUGCUCUCUGCCUCGGCCGAUAACUCACUCUCGGUCUGGCAUUCGGACGCAGCAUCUGGAUUGUGGAUUUGUCAUAGCAGAAUGGGAGAGAUAAGCUCUCAGAAAGGAUCCACUACUGCAACAGGUAGUGCAGGUGGCUUCUGGAUAGGGCUCUGGCAACCCCAGGGACGUUCAGUUGUCAGUCUUGGCCGCACAGGUAGUUGGCGCCGGUGGAAUUUUGACGAAAACAGCGACAUGUGGCUCCAACAGGUGGGCAUCAGCGGGCAUGUGCAAGAAGUGCAAGGCAUCGCGUGGUCUCCUCGUGGUGACUACCUUCUGUCCACUUCAUCAGACCAGACCACAAGACUUAUCUCGGAAUGGAAGAGACGGGACAAAUCCUCUUGGCAUGAGAUGGCUCGUCCUCAAAUCCACGGUUACGACCUGAACUGCAUCGAUGCCAUCACAGACAUCCAAUUCAUAUCUGGUGCUGAUGAGAAGCUACUUCGAGUGUUUAACAAACCAAAAGCGGUCGACAAUCUGAUUUCGAAACUUUCAGGCACAUCUAGUACAGUCUCAGGCGACCUCCCAGAUGCAGCCAACAUUCCAGUGCUCGGCCUUUCCAACAAGGCAAUGGCCGCGGCCGAUGAUGACGAUCAACCGAAUGGCCAUUCAAAUGGGGACACCGACGAGAGGGAAGCGGUUGAUCCAGCUUCCGUGGUCCACAAGUCAACCCUCGAUCUUGAUCAUCCACCACACGAAGACCAUCUCGCACGCCAUACGCUCUGGCCAGAACAUGAAAAGCUUUACGGACACGGUUACGAAAUUUCUGCUGUGGCCACCAGCAAUGACAAGUCGCUCGUUGCCACGGCAUGUAAAGCAAGUUCUCUUGAUCACGCAGUCAUUCGACUUUACGAGACGAAAGAGUGGCGAGAGGUGAAACCGCCGUUGACGGCACACAGUUUGAGUGUCACGAGUCUCGCAUUCUCACCGGAUGACCGGUUCUUGCUCAGUGUUGGAAGAGAUCGACAAUGGGCAGUCUUCGAAAGGGAUGCUCAUGAAAACGAUACAUACAAGCUCUUCUCGUCGAACCCAAAGGGCCACUCUAGGAUGAUACUCGAUUGCUGCUGGGCACCAGCUUCGGCGGGCCAUGUCUUCGCCACCGCUGGCAGAGACAAGUCGGUGAAAUUAUGGAGGCUGAGCGAGAGCACAUUCGAGACUGUUUCGACAAUCACCACGGGUACUUCAGUCACAGCUGUGGCGUUCAGCUCAGACCUCGAGACCUCAUCGUUCGUCCUUGCAUACGGAUGCGAUGACGGGUCUGUUCAUGUCGCUAAGAUCUCUCCCGAAACACUUGCUGUGCACGACACCCUGGCUCUGGACCCGGGAAUUGUUCAUUGCAAGACUAUCAACGCUCUUCGGUGGCGACCAAGGCUGACACAAGGUGGCGAGAAGAUCGCUAGUCUGAUGCAGCUCGCAUCAGCAAGUGAUGACUUUUCAAUCAGGAUAUACAACAUCACUUGA